AUGACUACUGCCGAGUACAAGUUCAGCGGAUGGGUGGGCCUCGAUGCCAACUCGGUCGGAAACCUGGUGGAGCAGGAGUACAACGUGAAGCCUUUCGAGGAGACCGACGUCGACAUCAAGAUCACGCACUGCGGUAUCUGUGGAAGCGACCUGCACACGCUGCGGUCCGGCUGGGGAGCAACCCCCUACCCGUGCGUUGUCGGCCACGAGAUUGUCGGCACCGCCGUCAAGGUCGGCAGCAAAGUCGAGAGCAUCAAGGUCGGAGACCGCGUCGGUGUCGGUGCCCAGAGCGCCUCGUGCUUGAAGGCCGACUGUGAGGAGUGUUCCGCUGACAACGAUACCCCCGACGGCAGUAUGUCCUACGGCGGGUACGCCGACUACGCUCGGGUACCGUCACACUUCGUGAUCCAGCUGUCGCACAUCUCCCUUCCGUCGGAAAUCAUCGCGCCGAUGCUGUGCGGCGGAGUGACCGUCUACAGCCCCUUGGCACGUAACGGGUGCGGCCCGGGCAAGAAGGUCGGCAUCGUCGGCCUCGGCGGGCUCGGGCACUUCGGCGUGUUGUUCGCGCGGGCCCUAGGGGCUGACACUGUCGUCGCGAUCUCGCGCAAGGCGAGCAAGCGGGCGGACGCGCUCAAAAUGGGCGCGGACCUGUACAUCUCGACGGACGAGGACGAGAACUGGGCGAAGACGCAUGCCCGCUCCCUAGACCUCAUUGUCUGCACCGUCUCUUCGCCGAAUAUGCCGCUCGAUGGGUACCUCAACCUACUCCGCACACAUGGGCAGUUCAUUCAGGUCGGCGCGCCGGAGGAUAAGCUACCGGCGCUCAGCGCUAUGGUGCUCAUUGGACGCGGGGUUAAGGUCGGUGGGUCCAUGAUUGGUAGCCCGAAUGAGAUCAGGGAGAUGAUCGAGCUGGCAGAUAAGAAGGCCGUGCACAGCUGGGUCAACCUCUGGCCUAUGACCAAGGUCAACGAGGCUGUGGUGGCGUUCGAGGAGGGCGCCCCGAGAUAUAGGUUCGUUCUGGUGAACGAGAAGCAUGCUGAGAUGCCGGCGAAGUUGUAAUUUGCAAUGUAUGAAGCGUUUUUGUGGGGUGUUUGUUUAUGUGGGUGCAUAUAUGCGGUGGGAGUGGUCCGUACAUAGCAUAGAGCAUGGGGCGGAUAUGAUAUGUAGUUUGAAUACCUAACAGUGAAUUUUCGC